UUCUGCCCCCCUGUGGGUAAAGUAACCAGUGCAUGGGAGCUUGUAUCCUGCCACCAAGGUUAGUCAUUAACCUUGUCUUCUCGGCAGCUCAGGGCGACAAAGGCAGACAGCAGUCUGUCCGCGGCAUGCUGCCUCUCGGCCGACACAUCUUACCAUGGGAGAUUGUAACCACAGCGAACACGAGCGGGCUUUGACCCUGGAGGACGGGAUUACUGUAGCCUUCCAUAAAGUUGACAGCCAUGACACAAACGACGACGGGGACUGCGAGUGUUUCGACGAGGAGACGGCUCAAACGCGUCCGUUACAAGGUGACUCCACGGCGUCAAGCGGCUGUGAUGAUGCUACCGGGGAGGAGAAAGAGACGAGAGGCAACCACCGCGCACCGGAAAACCGCCAGAAGAAAACGCUGUGCCCGCCGGCGUUUUGCGUCAGAGCCAAGACAUCAUCGCCACGGAGAGAGCGCGCACCGGAAGACACAGAGAAACCAAAGCGAUGUUCCGGUCUUGGUUUGUUCUAUGCGUUUCUGUCCACUGUAUUCUUCUCCAUCAUCGCUCUUCUGGUCAAAACCAUCCAGGGACUUCACGCCAUAGAGAUCAGUGCCAUUCGCUGCUUCUUCCAGAUGCUCUUUGUGGCACCUCUGCUCAUUUAUCACAAGACAGGCUUCAUUGGCCCCAGAGAUAAACGCAUCUAUCUGUUACUGCGCGGCUUCAUCGGCUCCAACGCCAUGAUCCUGCUCUUCUAUGCUGUGCAGCAGAUGCCUUUAGCAGACGCCACUGUCAUCAUGUUCAGUAAUCCAGUCUUUACUUCAGUGCUGGCCUGGAUAUUUCUGAAGGAGAGGUGUACAAUCUGGGACUGUGUCUUCACUGUCUUCACCCUCACAGGGGUCAUCCUCAUCGCACGGCCACCCUUUAUCUUUGGAAAGCACCUCAGUGGCAUCGAGAGUAACUAUAGCAACCACAUUAAAGGCGCUAUAGCUGCAUUUGCAGGGGCAAUUGGAGCUGCUUGCACAAUAGUUAUUCUUCGUAAGAUUGGGAAGAGUGUCCACUACUACCUCUCUGUGUGGUAUUACGCUGUCAUUGGACUGAUCGAGUGCAUUAUUACUGUUUCCGUCCUUGGGGAGUGGAAGAUCCCAGCGUGUGGCCGUGAUCGCUGGAUGCUGAUGUUGAUAGCGGUGCUGGGGAUAGCUGGCCAGUCCUUCCUCACAAAAGCCCUGCAGAUUGAGAAGGCCGGGCCUGUGGCUCUGAUGAGGACAGUGGAUGUGGUGCUAGCAUUUACCUUUCAGUUCAUCUUCUUUAACCGCGCUCCUACCUGGUGGAGUCUAGGAGGGGCGCUGUGUGUAGUCGCCAGCACCAGUGGAAUAGCACUUAGGAAGUGGUACGUCAGCUCACGCAAAAGCUGAGUAUCUAUUUAUUUUGACAUUCAGUUUUUUUUGUUUUUUUGUAUUUCAUUGUUACUUGAAUUAUUGUGAAUAGUUAAAUCCUGUUUGGAUGGGAGACAUCAUGGUGCAUUAUAACUUAUUUCUAUGCACACACUAUACAAGUAUCUACUAUAUUAAUAUUUCAAUUGUAUUUCUGUUUUUAAAAAAUAUUAUCACACCGAGAUUCUUUCAAAACUUGGAAGUAAUUAUUUAGUUGGUGUGCUAAUGGAAAGGUUAAGUUUCAAGUAGAAGCGGUUUGCACUGAACAAUGUGCACUUGGAGGGCCCUUCAGGUCCUUGGUUAAAGCUGUCACAUGAGGAUUAAAUCAGAACAAUUGGUGAAACAUGUAACCUUUGACCCAGAGCAUUUUUUAUAUAGAGAGUCAGCACUUAUUCCCUUACACUAUUAAAGUGUUCUCUUUCUCUCGGUGUGAAACUAAGGUCGUUACAGGGAGCUGUUUGCACUUUAUUAUUGUCUGAGGACAGAAAGUGUCAUUUUUCUGAAGCCUUUAUAGAGAUUAUUGUAUAUAAACAAUAUGACUGAAGUCAAGGGGACCUAUUAUUUAAAAUGGUGGUGUAAAACACUGCCAUGUAAAGGUCUCUAUCCCUGCAGCUAAAACAUGUGCCUUUUACAUGUGACUCUGUGGUUUUAAACAGCAGGGGAUCUGUGGAUGGUCCAUGACUUACAUACUUGAGUAUUUCAAUACUUUCUUAAGCAAUCAAAAACAAUAACUAUUAAUAUUUCCGUUAGUUGUAAUGUUUUUUGCAGAUAAAGUGAUACCUCUUAAGACCUUGAUGUCUUGUGUUGUCAGUAGUUGCUGUAACAAUCAGGCUACAUUACAGAUUAGCACUCUGUGUGAGCUUUGUUCAAGUUUCUUAUAGAUUUAGAACAGUAUAAUAAUACGACUAAUAAUAAUAAUAAUAAGCUAAGACAGUUUUCUGAUUGACUUUAGAGUACACAGCUUAUCAUGGCUGCUUUUAUAUUUAUGUAUUUUUUGCAUUUUUUUUGCAUCACUUUCAGUAUCUAAUCUGAACCAUGUUAGAUUUUUGGAAUUUUCUUUCCUAAAUAUUUUAUUAUACUGUAUUUAUAAAGGGCAUAGCACAUAUUUUAAACAUUGCAAUACCUCUUUUACACAUUACAUAUUUUGGCUGCUAGACCAAUGACUCAAUAGACUAUUCAAAUUUACUAUGCAAUUUGUGUUAAGAAUAAUGACUGACUUGCUUUAAUUUAUUGUUUUCUUUGAGCUUUAAUGUGCUUCAUAUGUAAUAAUCGGGAAUUUCUGAAUUAAUCAGUUUGAAUAUAUAAGCCUUAAUCUUGAAGCUGUUUUGUAUUCAUACCUUUUCAUAAACAUGUAGUAAAGUAUAUUUCUUUAAAGAGAAAUAUUAUUUAUACAACUUCUCAAUAAAGUAUUCUCUAUUCACUCAUAGCUAUUGUUGUGUUUGCCUGUCUUUUAAAUAAUGUGGUUGCAUCAUUGUCUACACCCAGUUGCAAGGUCUGUUGUCUUUUGUCCAUAGAAGC